AUGGCUCACGCCAUGAUCAUCCUUGCCCUUCUCCUCCUGGCCUCGCACCCGCUCGUGGCUUCUGCCGACGCGGUGCUUGGCCGGAAGGCGGGCACCAUCGUCGACGAGCCUGAUAAGCUUGGGGCGGCGCCAGGGAAGUACGCCGUGAUCUUCGACGCCGGAAGCACGGGCACGCGCGUGCAUGUCUUCCACUUCGACAAGAGGAUGGAGCUCGUGGAGAUCGGGGACGACAUCGAGGUCUUCGCCAAGGUGGAGCCGGGACUGAGUUCGUAUGCCGGACGGCCCCAGGAGGCCGCGACAUCCAUAGUUCCCCUGCUGGAGACAGCCAAGAGCAUCGUGCCUCGGUGGCUCAUGAGAAGAACACCACUUAAACUAGGGGCGACGGCUGGACUCAGAAUUAUAGGAGAGGAGCAGGCCGAGCAGAUUCUAGAAGCAGUCAGGGAUGUUGUCCACACCAGGAGCAACUUUCAGUACAAUCCUAGUUGGAUCAACAUCCUCGAGGGAUCUCAAGAAGGAUCUUACCUAUGGGUUGCUCUGAAUUAUUUGUUGGACAAACUGGGAGGGGACUACGCAAAAACGGUAGGUGUUAUUGAUCUUGGAGGUGCUUCUGUGCAAAUGGCUUAUGCAAUUUCCCCGGAUGCUGCUGCUAAUUCUCCCGCUAAGCCUGACGGGAAGGAUCCGUACGUUACCAAAGAAUAUCUCAAAGGAAGAGAUUACAAUGUAUAUGCUCACAGCUAUUUGCACUACGGCUCGGAUGCUUCUCGUGUGGAGAUCUUCAAGGCAAAGAACGGAUCAUUCAGCAACUGCAUGCUGCGCGGAUUCAUCGGCAACUACACGUACAACGGAGACCAGUACGAUGCGACGGCGUCACCGCAAGGAGCGGCAUACGACAGAUGCAGAGAGGACGUGGCCAAGGCGCUAAACCUGAGCGCACCCUGUGAGACGAAGAACUGCACCUUCAACGGCGCGUGGAACGGCGGCGGCGGAGCCGGGCAGGCCGACCUCUACGUCAUGUCCAGCUUCUACUACAUGGCCUCGCAGGUUGGCCUAAUCGACGGCAACGCCACGAGCGGCAAGACCACGCCGGCGGCGUUCAGGGCCGCCGCCGAGGAGAUCUGCCCGCUGAGCUUCGAGGAGUCCAAGGCCGCGUACCCCAGGGUCCGGGCCUCGAACGCGCCCUACGUCUGCAUGGACCUGGUAUACCAGUACUCCUUGCUCGUGGACGGAUUCGGACUGGCGCCGACGAAGGAGGUCACGGUGGUGCAGAAGGUGAAGCACGGGGAGUACUUCAUCGAGGCCAAGUGGCCUCUCGGAGAAGCCAUAGAGGCCGUCUCGGACACCAAGCUGAGCCAGGAGUCGUGA